CGGUUGCCACUGUAGCAUCAAGCAAGACUCUGCCAAUUGUCGCCAUGAAGGGACUCAUUAUUGGUUGCGUGAUCGCCUUCCUCCUCGUCGCCAUUGCUGAGACGCACAGAGGACAUGGCCGCCCUCUUCUCUGUUUCAAAAAACUGUGCGACGGUGCUACCAACUCCACAGCCUGUAAACCCUGUCUCAAGGAAGCCCACCACUCAGGCAGUGUCGAUAAAGAGGUUUUGCAACCUUGCUUUGAUGACGCACCAGCAGGCUGCUUUAACAUCAACACUGAAGACUUAAACACGCUGAAGUCAUGUGUCACCAACGCCAGUGAAGUCGUUGGAGCCUGCAUUGCCUAGUAGCUUGGCCUCCGAAAAUUCGGCGGACAGUAUAUAGGACAAAGCAGUGGUGACCUCCUCCAUACCCACCUCAGUAUAUCUUUAAGCUACAGUUUCUUUGUCUUUGUAGUGAUUAAUAAACAGCAUAAUUAAUGAAAAA